AUGGCUUUUACUUUUGGUUCUGUGAGUUAUUUUCUCAAUAAAUCAAGCAAUAUUGAGAUUGACUUUAAUUAGUAUUGUGGUAUGUUAAUAUAAAUAAAUAGAAAAGCAUGAAUUACAAAAUAUGGUAACAGAAUGUACAAAAUUUUUUGUACGAAAAGCUAACAUCUAACCAUAAACUGCAUUUUAAGAAUUGUAUAAAUAUUAAAUAAUAUUAGUGUUUAAUGCUAUUUUAAAGGCGAAACUGUAUUGCUGAGACCUUAUCAAUAAAUUUGUAAUUCAAAAAUGAAUCGAUUAGUCUUUGUGAUUAAUUUCAAUAAAGUAUGUUUUCAAAUUGAAGAAAACUUAGAUUUUUGAAAGUUUUGAAGAUAAGUCAGGAUUUGAUUAUUACUAAUUAACGAAAUUAUUAUGCUCAGAUUUUCCAAGAGAAAUAGUAGUUAAUUCAUUGUCAUUAUAUGCAAAUCUCGAUGAAGUAAAUAUUAAAUAAAAAUAAGGAAUUACUUUUCAAGAAAACAUUUACUUUAUUACAAUUUUGUAAAGCAUUACUUUUUGAAUUAUUAUUUGAAAACAUACUAUAAGAACUAAAUGCAAAAUUGAAUACUAAUGGAGUUAUUGAUAGUAUGUUACCAAUUUUAAAGAAAUACUAUCCAAGCAAUGAUGAAUAUUUAUAUUUACCAAAUCCAGCAGCUGUUUUUGAAUGUUUAAUGAAAUUUAGUAAUGAAAAAAAUAAAGCAUGUAUACAUCCAAUUUUACCAUUUACAGUGGAUAUGUUUUCAAGUAUAUGAUAAUAUUAAAAUUAAAGCUUAGUAUUUAAAUGGUGGAAUAGUAGACUUUAAUAGUUUUAAAUAACAAUUGUUUAAAAAUGCAAAAAUUGAUUUUCAAUUAAUAAGAUUGAUUAAUUUGAUUGAAAACUCUAAUUAAAGGAUAUAAGAUUGUUAGAGAUUAGAUGAAGAUGAAAGCAAAAAGAAAAAACAGAAAUGA